GGCGAGGGCCGCGGGGCUCCGGCGGGCGGGCGCGGAUGGGAGGCUGGCGGGCGAGGACGGCGCGGCGGCCACCAUGGGGAACAAGCAGACCAUCUUCACCGAGGAGCAGCUGGACAACUACCAGGACUGUACGUUCUUCAACAAGAAGGACAUCCUCAAGCUGCACGCGCGGUUCUACGAGCUGGCCCCCAACCUCGUCCCCAUGGACUACAGGAAGAGCCCCAUCGUCCACGUGCCCAUGAGCCUCAUCAUCCAGAUGCCGGAGCUCCGGGAGAAUCCCUUCAAGGAGAGGAUCGUGGAGGCCUUCUCGGAGGACGGCGAGGGCAACCUCACCUUCAAUGACUUCGUGGACAUGUUUUCCGUGCUGUGCGAGUCGGCGCCCCGGGAGCUGAAGGCCAACUACGCCUUCAAGAUCUACGACUUCAACACCGACAACUUCAUCUGCAAGGAGGACCUGGAGUUGACGUUGGCGCGGCUCACCAAGUCGGAGCUGGCCGAGGACGAGGUGGUGCUGGUGUGCGACAAGGUCAUCGAGGAGGCCGACCUGGACGGCGAUGGCAAGCUGGGCUUCGCCGACUUCGAGGACAUGAUCGCCAAGGCCCCCGACUUCCUCAGCACCUUCCACAUCCGCAUCUGAGGACAUGGCCCAGGCGGCAGGGAGCACCCCUGCCCCCCGCCACCGCUGCCGCUGAUGCCGCCCGCCCUGUUCUGUACCGGUGGGGGCGGGGCGGCCUCCCAGCUGCCCACGAAGGGAGCCGGAGCCUCCAGCAUCUCCGCCCAUGAACACUUCCUGUGGCCCUCUCAGCAAAAACAAACAAGACCCAUAACCAGGGAAGGGGGCUGCAGGCCCUCCCUGCCCGCCCCCAUGCCCCAGGCCUCUCCCCACGAGCUGGGAGAGGUGGUGGGGCGUGCUGGCCCGAUGCCCCCAGCCGCCGCCCAGGACAAGGUGCAAAAAAAAAAAAAAAGUUGGGGUUU